GUGCAGCACCGCCCCUCGGCGGCUUGAGCAGCCGGAAGCGAGCAUGGCGGCCGCAGGGGCCGCCGCCACAGAUAUAGAGGUGGUCCGGGGCAAGCGCGCCGCUCUCUUCUUCGCUGCUGUGGCCAUCGUGUUGGGGCUGCCACUCUGGUGGAAGACCACGGAGACCUACCGCGCCUCAUUGCCCUACUCCCAGAUCAAUGGACUGAAUGCCCUGCAGCUGCGGCUCAUGGUGCCUGUCACUGUCGUGUUUGCCCGGGAGUCAGUGCCCGUGGAUGACCUGGAGAAGCUGCCCUUCACCGUUGUGCAUGAGAGAGAGAUCCCGCUGAAAUACAAAAUGAAAAUCAAAUGCCGUUUCCAGAAGGCUUACCGGAGGGCUCUAGACCACGAGGAGGAGGCCCUAUCGUUGAGCAGUGUGCAAGAGGCAGAAGCCAUGUUAGCUGAGCCACAGGAGCAACCAGAGGGCUCCCUGACUGUGUACGUGAUCUCUGAACACUCCUCUCUUCUUCCGCAGGACACAAUGAGCUACAUUGGGCCCAAGAGAACCGCAGUUGUACGGGGCCUGAUGCACCGGGAGGCCUUUAACAUCAUUGGCCGCCGCAUAAUCCAAGUAGCCCAGGCCAUGUCUUUGACUGAGGAUGUGCUAGCUGGUGCCCUGGCUGACCGCCUUCCAGAGGACAAGUGGAGCUCUGAGAAGAGGCGGCCUCUCAAGUCCAGCUUGGGCUAUGAGAUCACCUUCAGUUUACUCAACCCAGACCCCAAGUCCCAUGACGUCCACUGGGACAUUGAGGGGGCUGUCCAGCGCUAUGUGCAGCCCUUCCUGAAUGCCCUCAGUGCUGCCGGCAACUUCUCUGUGGACUCUCAGAUCCUUUACUAUGCAGUGUUGGGAGUCAACCCCCGCUUUGACCCAGCUUCCUCCAGUUACUACCUGGCUGCUCACAGCCUCCCCCAUGUCAUCAAUCCUGUGGAGUCGAGGCUGGGGUCCAGCGCUGCUUCCCUCUACCCUGUGCUCAACUUUCUACUGUACGUGCCUGAGCUUGCCCACUCCCCGCUCUACAUUCAGGACAAGGAUGGGACUCCAGUGGCCACCAACGCCUUCCACAGUCCCCGCUGGGGAGGCAUUAUGGUAUACAACGUUGACCCCACAGCCUACAAUGCCUCGGGGCUGCCGGUGAAAGUCGAGGUGGACAUGGUACAAGUGAUGGAGGUGUUCCUGGCUCAGCUGCGACUGCUCUUUGGGAUUGCUCAGCCCCACCUGCCUCCCAAAUGCCUGUUUUCGGGGCCUAAGAGUGAAGGGCUAAUGAGCUGGGAGCUGGACCGGCUGCUCUGGGCUCGGUCAGUGGAGAACCUGGCCACGGCUAUGACCACCCUCACGUCCCUGGCCCAGCUUCUGGGCAAGAUCAGCAACAUUGUCAUCAAGGAUGAUGUGGCAUCUGAGGUUUACAGGGCAGUAGCUGCAGUCCAGAAGGCAGCAGAGGAGUUGGCCACUGGACACCUGGCCUCUGCCUUCCUUGCCAGCCAGGAAGCUGUGACGUCCUCAGAACGUGCCUUUUUUGACCCCUCACUCCUCCACCUCCUGUAUUUUCCUGAUGACCAGAAGUUUGCCAUCUACAUCCCACUCUUCCUGCCUAUGGCCGUGCCCAUCCUCCUAUCCCUGUUCAAGAUCUUUCUGGAGACCCGCAAGUCCUGGAAGAAGCCUGAGAAGAUAGACUGAGCAGGGCAGAAUCUCAAUAGGAGCCCUUCUUUUCAGGCCAGGAUGGGAGGUGUUAGAUUGAGAGGCACAUAAAUCGGGCCUGCUGCGAAUGACCUGUUUCCAGCCUCUGUUGCCUUUCCAGCAACCGAAGUGCAAUACUCCAAGAUGGAUUCAUCUUCCCUUUCCAUUCCCCGGGCUCAGGUCUCCCUGCCUCCCCACUCCUCAUACUCUCCGGAGUGUCAUAGUAGCAUCACCUCGGUCUCCUUAUCUGACCUGAACUUGAAGAUACCUGACUACCUCCAGCUGGGGCAAGGACAGCUUGUACUUCUACCCUGUUUCUCAACAUAGCACACUCCUCUUGUUACCGAGAAGGCAGCAUGAGGGAAAGCCCUGGUUGGAUCCUUCCACCCUGCACAGUUUUCUCUAACCCCUCAGGGAGAGCCCCAGCACUGCUUUGCUGGAAGGGGCCCAGGCACAGGUCACUCGGGGGCUCCUCCCUUACGCCUCUCCUUCCUGGCUUGCUGCGCCUGUUGGGUACAGCCAGACAGACAGGAGUCCAGAAGGCAGCAGCUCAGGACUUGGUGCUGUGUGUGGCAGAGGCUUGGGCAGUAUGGUACAGUGGAGAAGGUUCCAGAGUUGAAAUCAAAAAGGCCUGAAUUCCUUGCUUCUGCAUUUAUCAUCUAGUGAGCUCCCUCAUUUGUUAAAAUGGCACUAAUGACACCUCCCUUAACAAGGUUGUUGUGCAGAUUAGAUGUGAUAAAUCAUGUGAAAGUGUCUGGCAUCUACUAGGCUCUCAAUAAACAUUGGUUGAAUAUGAAUUGAAAUGAUA